GUGGUUGGAGGCAAGGUAAAGAAACCAGGCAAGCGAGGUCGUAAGCCAGCCAAAAUAGACUUGAAGGCAAAACUUGAAAGAAGUCGUCAGAGUGCAAGAGAGUGCAGAGCCAGGAAGAAGCUGAGGUACCAGUACCUGGAAGAGCUGGUUUCAAGCAGAGAACGAGCCAUCUGCGCGCUCAGAGAAGAACUUGAAAUGUACAAGCAGUGGUGCAUGGCGAUGGACCAAGGGAAAAUCCCCUCUGAAAUAAAAGCCCUGCUAACGGGAGAGGAGCAAGGCAAAGCACAGCAGAACUCAACCAAACUUGCCAAGGCUGGGAAGACGGAAGCAAACAGCAGCAAUCCCUGAGGCCCGUGCAGAACCUUCCGCCCUGCAGCAGAGGUAGCUUGUUAGCUAGCAGAAGAAUCCUGUUGCCAGAGAAGUGGAUG